GAUGACUGUUCAGCCGAAUCCUUAAACACAGUGUCUCUCUGCCCGUCCUGUUUGCCGCGCGUGAUCAUUUUUUUUUUCCCGCCACCAAAUCUCAAUUCGGAUUAUAAGCUUUUUGAAGGAGGCCCAGAUGUUCUACCUUAGCCGAUUAGAGCACACCUUUCGCAUGCCGCCAAGUCUCCUUAGCCUUCCCGGCGAGGAAGCUGUCAAAGGAGAGCUUGAAAGACUUUUUCUAGACAAGGUUAUUGCAACAUUGGGUAUUUGUGUCUCCAUCUAUGAUCUCCGCGCCAUUAAAGGUGGCUUUAUCUGUCCCGGUGAUGGCGCUGCGACCUAUACGGUGGUGUUCAGAGUGAUUAUGUUUCGUCCAUUUGUGGGAGAGAUUAUUGGUGCAAAACUUAAAGAAUCUAAUGCUACGGGUUUACGCUUAUCACUUGGAUUUUUCGAUGACAUUUAUAUACCGGGCCAACUUUUCCCAUCUCCAUCCCACUUCAAACCUGACCCAAAUAAAAAGGACAAAGGCUCAUGGGAAUGGGAGUAUGGUGAAGAACCAUUUAUUAUUGAUGGGAUUGAUGAGAUCAUGUUCCGAGUUCACAGCGUAAGUUAUCCACCAAUUCCACUAGAGCAGCCAGAAGAAGCUAAGCCAUUUGCUCCGAUGGUGAUUACUGGAUCAAUUGACGACGAUGGUUUGGGUCCCGUUUCAUGGUGGGCUGGUGCAGAACAGACCGACGAACCUUAAGCUGGUGGGCUGUCUUGUCUUGAAAAGCACAUGUUUCUACUGUUUUUUUUUUUUUUUUGCAAAUAGCUGAAAUAAUGUUCUUCAAGCUUGUAGAGUAAUUACUUGUAGUUGUAAAAUAGAAAAUAGAAACUAUUCCAUGAGCGUUGGUGUAUGGGAAAACUAACUGAAAGGGAAACAGCAGAAGAGUACAGAAGUCUCUACGUAA